CCCCCCCUCCGGUACUGAAAUUAAGCAGCAUCCAACAUAGGCCUACUCUUACGACAUGUGACUUGACUUUACUGUUUUCCGUUUUUGUUGAGAGUCAUUAACAGUUGGAAGUUGAUGGCAGAUUCAAUAACAAGCGAUCGCUGAGAAAAGGAUAACGCUAUAAUAUGCAGAAAUCUACAAAUUCUGAUACUUCUGUGGAAACACUGAAUUCCACCCGUCAAGGCACCGGAGCUGUGCAAAUGAGAAUCAAAAAUGCCAACAGCCACCACGACAGGCUGAGCCAAAGUAAAUCUAUGAUCCUCACCGACGUUGGGAAGGUCAUUGAACCCAUAUCCCGACACAGAAGGAAUCAUUCACAGCAUGUCUUGAAAGAUGUCAUUACUCCAUUGGAACAGUUGAUGGUUGAAAAAGAAGGUUAUCUUCAGAAAGCUAAAAUUGCAGAUGGUGGAAAGAAACUAAGGAAAAACUGGUCUACUUCCUGGAUUGUUCUUUCUAGUCGAAAAAUUGAAUUUUACAAAGAAUCUAAGCAGCAGGCUCUCUCUAACGUGAAAACUGGGCAUAAACCAGAGAGUGUGGAUUUGUGUGGGGCACAUAUUGAAUGGGCCAAGGAAAAAUCAAGCAGAAAGAAUGUCUUUCAGAUCACAACAGUAUCAGGAAAUGAAUUCCUUCUACAGUCAGAUAUUGACUUCAUCAUAUUGGAUUGGUUCCACGCUAUCAAAAAUGCAAUUGACAGAUUGCCAAAGGAUCCAAGUGGUUCAUCAAGAAACCUGGAAUUAUUCAAAAUCCAGAGAUCCUCCAGUACUGAAUUACUAGGUCACUACGAUAAUGAUACAAAAGAACAGAAACCAGAACACAGAAAAUCUUUAAUGUUCAGACUGCAUCAUAGUGCUUCCGAUACAAGCGACAAAAACCGAGUUAAAAGCAGAUUAAAGAAGUUUAUCACCCGAAGACCUUCCCUGAAAACUCUGCAAGAAAAGGGACUUAUUAAAGAUCAAAUUUUUGGCUCUCAUCUGCACACAGUGUGUGAACGUGAAAAUUCCACAGUUCCACGGUUUGUAAAGCAAUGCAUUGAAGCUGUCGAAAAAAGAGGUCUAGAUGUUGAUGGAAUAUACCGAGUUAGUGGCAAUCUGGCAACAAUACAGAAGUUAAGAUUUAUUGUCAACCAAGAAGAGAAGCUGAAUUUGGACGACAGCCAGUGGGAGGACAUCCACGUUGUCACCGGAGCACUGAAGAUGUUUUUCCGGGAGCUGCCUGAACCGCUCUUCCCUUACAGCUUCUUUGAGCGGUUUGUGGAGGCGAUCAAAAAGCAAGACUAUAACACAAGAAUUGAAACUAUAAAGUCUCUUGUGCAAAAACUCCCUCCACCAAAUCGUGACACCAUGAAAAUCCUGUUUGGACAUCUAACUAAGAACCAAAGAACAGAAACAUGAGAGUCCAACAUGGGACAUAAUCCAAUCCAGUCCUAAAAUCUACUCACAAGUGGCUUCCACUCUUAGGGGGUGGAAGGAAGCACAGCGUUUGAUUCCCUGUACAUGUUCCAGGAAGGAGACACCCACCCUGAACAGUGGCAGGAUUUUCCACUCACUGGUUAGUGCUGUAGCAGAGACACACCAGCCAGAGCAGUCUGUGAUGAUGACCUCCCAAGAACCAAAACGGUCUUUCAAGAUGAAUCCAGAGAAGACAAGAUAGCAGAAUGCAGACCUUCAAAGCUUGACCAAUGGACAGUGAAGGGAGUGAUAAUCUUCCUUCAAAGCUUUGUAAAAUAGAAUCAGAGUUGCUGAAAAACAUCAAAGAAUGGGCCAUUUUUAAGCUUAUAGUAUGUGAAUUUAAUUUAUUGCUGGGUGCUACAGAGGCUUUCAUGCUAAAGCCUGCAUGUACCAUUAAAGAUUUAAUUGUUA